AUGGUGACCUUUCGUGAUAGGAUCACAUGCAAAUGUUUCAAGAAACUAUCCGAAGAAGAACAGAAGCAUUGGAAAGAUACAGUGCAAGCCGAAGAGGAAGCAGCAGUGAAAGAAUGGAAUGAUCGCCUUGCGGCUCCUCCUUCCACAUCUCCCAUCGAUAGACAAGCGGCUCUGGAUAACCUCGCAACAUUUGCUGGGCCGGUUCUUACUGGUAUGGCCGAAAUCCUUGGCAUGCAUGUCUCCCUUUUAGUUGGUGGACCUGAACCCCGCAAGCAAGGGAAAAUUACCAUUGUUAGUAUGCAUGAGGGCGUUGACUUAGAUAAGACCAAGUUCAAAAUGGUCACAAAAUUGUUUCAAGAAUACCUAUCACACGCAUAUACCAAGCAGGACUGUGAUUCCCGUCGCCUCCCGGAUGAUUUAGAUGGCUUGUUCGCUAUUUUGCUGGAAGGCGACCAAUCUGACACCAAAGAAGAAUGUGAAGCAAAUGAAUUGACAGCCAAAUAUAGACCCCGGAAGAAAUCAAAGCAGCAAGGUACGAAAUGGGGACGUGCUUCUCAACGCGAGCCUUCUGAGGCUUCUGAGGCAGAUGAAUCAUCUUCGGAAUCAUCUUCCCCAUCCUCCGGCUUGUCUUCAUCUUCCUCGUCUUCAACUUCAUCAAGCUCCACUGAUAGCGAAGAUGAACGUCAGGGUUCCAGAUGGGUACUUCCAUUUUCACCUUCCAAGGGAAACCUUGGUGUCACGUUCUUUAAUUCACGCCACCAGAAAAUAGCUCUCGAACACCUUGAAGCAAUGAAGAAGGGUCGCCUGGUCAACAUGCCAUCUCCUGCAUCCGAAGUACCAGAUCGUUUGUCUGAAGUACCAGAUCAUUUGUCCAAAGUACCAGAUCGUUUGUCCGAAGUGUCGCCUCAUGUGUCUGAAGUGCCGGAUGACAUGGAGGAAAUUGACCAACUCAACGAAGACAGCUCCGUUAUCAAUGGAAUCACAUCUGCCACCAUAAUUGAGCUGCCUGCUGCACCUUUCGACGUCAAUCUCAUUGAUCCACGUAUCAGAGACGACCCUGUCAUGGCUGCUAACCAACCGCCCAAGCCUAUCAAUAAUCACGACAUGGAUGAGACACCUUCUGCCAAACGAGACACGGAAGGGGCCGAGGAUAAUCAUGACAACCCUCUUAACAUGACUCUCGACAAACAUGUGGUUAACUUAAAUCGGGUUACAGAUGCAAUCCGCUCCUGGCAGUUGAUGGACCCCACCCCAACUUCUCCUCAGCUGAUAAAGCUGUUUGACAAGCUGGUGCGCCUUGAGGAUGCAUCAAGCUUCACGAAUGAGAAAGCCACCUUGGGAUGUGAACAUCGUCUGGUCGAAGUCCACUGGUGGAUUUCCCAUGGACAUAAAGGGAAACCAACCAUACUUAAUCUCGCCACAUUUAUAAUGCAAUGGUGGUCUUGGUGGCUCACGCUUCAACCGGAGUGGAGAAGCUGUCAGGCGCCAACACUUACGGCAUGUGCAAUUCUCCCUCGCACAGAUGACGGCAGUUGGGACUCCCUCAAUAAGCCAGGUGCAAAUGGCAUGCUCUCAGUUGUGGCUACAUUGAAGUGGUGGGCAGACAACACUGACGGAAAAGACUUAUGCUGGCAGGAGGCUGCAGACGACGUCAUGUGGGUUUUGGACCGACUCAUAGCAAGUUGUUCUGCGAUGAAGUCUAUGGUUUCCGGUGGGAACAAGAAACGGGGCCAUUCUGAUACUCAGGCCAACACAUCAUCGAAGAGGACGCGUAAUUGGCAGUAA